AAUAGGAAGAAGAAGAGAGAGAUGGAAGGAAAGUUUUCCUUUGUGUGGGCUAUGAUCCUUUAUGUUAUUAUGAUAGCACAUGCACAAGGAAACUACUACUCUGAAAGCAUUCCUGCUGACUACAACCAACAGAAAAUUACCAAUCUCCAUUUCUUUUUCCAUGAAACAGUUAAUGGAAAACACCCAAGUGCAGUACAGUACAAACAGGUAGGUGUUGAACCAACCUCACAAGUCAUUGGGAGAGCUAAAGGGCUAUAUGUGAUAGCUGGCCAAGGAGAUGACUUUUCUUUGGUUAUGUAUGUGGAUUUUGGUUUCAUAACAGAGACAAAACGUGAGCUUGCUGUGGUUGGUGGGCGAGGGCAAUUUAAGAUGGCUAGAGGAUUUGCAGAACUCUACUCACGUUACUUUAAUGUCACUGCUGGUGAUGCCAUUGUUGAGUAUACUGUGACCUUGUUUCAUCAUCAUUAGUAGUUAACAACCUUCGAGGAAGACCCUUUAGGCAUUAGCUAUUUGCUUCUUCAUGACAUUUGUGAGAUCCCCUAGCCUAAAUUGUGCUCGAAAUAAUUUCAGCUCCUUCUUCUUAUCUUUUAAAAUAAUAAAUUAUCCUUUGGGUUUUC